AUGGCUGCCAUCCAAAAGGCAUUGGACCAACAUCGAAUGGUACACUAUCACUUUGGAGGUGAUAACGAUGAUGAUGCCCCAUUCAAACAGGCAAUUAUCGAGCCACAAUACUUCAUCCCGUUCCUCAAGAGUGUUCGCAUCCAUGCCACAAAGGAUGGAAGUCUUUGCAUCAUAACCAUGUGUGAACGUCUCCUUGCCAAGAUCAAGUAG